AUGUUUGCAUUUAAAGCCAUAUUGGAUGCUCGUUCAAAUAGAAAAAAGUUUAAUUCGCAAAGGAAAAAAAAGAACAUAUUGCGAAAGGAAGUAGAACGAAACAUGAAUCGGAAUUUGAACUGUGCUGAUAAUCCGAUUGAAAUUGAAGAUGAUGAAGAUUGUGCAGUUGAAGUUUUCAUACAGAAAGAAAAAUUCGAUGGAGAUUUGAAGAAUCCAAUUGAGAUACAUUCCAGUAAAUCAUUGAAGAUUAAGAAAGAUCCCCAAGAAUUGGCAGAUGAUGUUAUUUCAAGUGUUGAUGUACUUAGCAACGGGAAUAAAAUCAAUGAAGAAGUGAAUAAUGCAAUUGAGAUUCAUUCUACUAAUUCUUUGAAGCUUAAGAAAGAUAGAAUUGAUGAUGAACCUUGCAAAGGCAAAAAAAUCAAUGAAGAUGUGAAGAAUUCAAUUCACAUUCAUUCCAGUAAUUCUUUGCAUAAUAAAAAAAAGACUAUAUGGUUCUAAUUCUUUUUCUAGUGAUUCAGAUUAUGAAGAUGCGAGUAUAAGAAGUUUUAAGAAGUUUGUAGUAAAAUCUGAUAAAAAAGAAAAAAAAAAGAUGGUAAAGCUGGUAAUGUGAAAGCUUUGUUUGCUCGUGUUUCUGUUAAUUCUAUUUAUGGGGCUGUCAAAUCUAUGAAUGAUAUUCAAAAAGAUUGUGUAAGAAGAAUUGGUUUUGGAUCAUUGCUUGAUAUGAAGACUCAAAGUAUUCCAACAAAAUUAUGUUAUUUUGUUGUGGAUUCUUUUGAUCAUGAGGAGAUGGUUAUUAAGAGUGAAUGUGGAAAUAUUCCGGUAACAAGAGAAGAUGCGAAUAGGGUUCUAGGUUUGCCUUUGGGUUAUGAGCAAAUAAGUUGUUUAGGUGUUCGAGGCAAUGAGGAUUGGUUUGAAAUUUGGAAAGACCAAUUUAAGAAGUCAUUGUCAUUAGUAGCUCCUUCUGAUUUGGUGAUGAAGAUAAUAGAGUGAAGUGAAGCAGAUAUGGUUUUCAUUGUGAAUUUCAUAAUUCUGGUGUGUACAUGUUUAGGAUCAUGUAACAAACAAGGAGCUUGUAAUUUCAAAGUUCUUCCUUACUUGUCUCAGUCAUCUAAGUUGGAUAAAAUAGAUUGGUGUGCAUAUGUUUUGAAUUGUUUGAAGGAAGAGAAAUUGGUAUGGAGCAGAAAUGAAAUUAAAACAAUUUUUAAUGGACCAUGUGAAUUUCUAACGUUGCUAUAUGUUGACAGGAUUCAAUGUAAUCAAAUGCCAUUUGUCAGAAGAUUUCCUGUAAUUAAUUUCUGGACAUCAGAUCAACUUAAGUUUAGAGAAAUCAAGGAAUUGGAAAGUGGUGGUUUCGGUAAUGGAGUUGUUGCAAAUUAUAAUGAAGAUUUUGAAAGUAGAUCGAUAUUAGAUUUUGUGUCAAAUAUUCAGUGGGUUGUUUAUGAUUUGAAUAAGAAAGUGGAAAUGACAUUGCAAAAGCAUGGAAGUCAUAAAAAAUUUCAAUUGUAUAGAUUGAAAUUACAAGAGAUUGUUUCAGUUUUUACUAAAUUCAAUCAGAGUGAUGUUGAAAAUGUUUCAAGUUCUGACUCAUUAAGAAGGAAAAUUAAUUUUGAGGAUGACUCCUUCAAACAUCAGGGUAAGGAAAUUGGAAAAAGGUUUUUGAAUGAAGAUAUAACAUCCUUUGUUUUAGGAAUAGAGUCUGAGUUAUAUACCCCAAAAAAGCCUUGUUUAAGUUCAGGUCAUAAAAUGCAAGAGAAAUCAAUAUCUAAAGGGAUUUUUGAUUCUCCAGUUAAUGUAAUGGGUAAAAAUUUGCAUGUUCCAAGUUUUUUGAGUAAAAGAGAUCAAAAUCAAUUGCCAUCUAAAUCAAGGCCAAAAAGAGAUCAAAUGUUACCUCCAGUAAGGAGGUCUCCUUAUGUGAUUCGUGCGGUUCCUAUUGAUACUACUUUGACAAAGGAAGAGAACAUAAUAUCUAACUGGGUAUUCAGUUUAGUUGAAGAUCCAAUGGAUAACUUAUUUCUUAGCAUAUUUGGUCAACGUGGAGAACGUCAUAUGUUUGAGAGCUUAUAUCCACAUGAACAUCUAUUUUAUGGAACAAUUGAUUGUUUUGUUGACGUUUUAAACUAUGAUGAGAGAGCUAGAAAUAAAGAUACUCCGUCAUGUUUCUUCUUCAAGACGUGUAUUUUGAAUCCUGGAUAUAUGCACAUCAAAGGAACUAAAAGUGAAGAAGAGUAUAAAAUUUUCAAAGAGAAUGUGCUUCAGUGUUUAGGUGUAUCUGAAGAUAGAAGAAGUUUAAAAGGAUUUGAUAUGAAAUAUAUGUUUGGGAGGUAUCUACUUGAAAUUAAUCAUAAUAUGGUCUUUUCGGUUCAAUAUGAAAUUGAUUUUUUCGAUCAGUACAUGACAUGGAAAACAAGGGGUAACUCGAAUGAUUGUGGCAUAUUUUUGAUGAGGCACAUGGAAACUUAUAAAGGGGGUCCGUUAGCACAAUGGGAAUGUGGAUUUAAAAAGGAAGGUGCUGAUCAAUUACAUAAAAUAAGGAAGCUGCGGAGGAGGUAUUGUUUGAAAAUAUUGUUGAGUGAGGUGAACAUAAUGAAGCCUGAAGUUGAAAAUCUAAUUGGUCAAUAUCAAAGGAUGUCUCAUGAUGAUAGGCGUAAAUUAUAUCUAGAUGGUAUUGUUAAAAUAGGAGCUCGUCUGGUAGCUUUUGGUCCAUGAAACAGUAUUAUGUUUUCAAGAGCAUUGAUAUGUUUUGUUGUUUAGUUUUAUUUAGUUUUGCUUUAAAUUUGUAAGUUGUUUUAGUCAUGAAUUGUAAGACAUGAAUUGAAGUCGAU